AUGUUCUUCACUAUCCAUGUCCUUUGUGCAAGCCUAGCUACUCUAGUAGGAGCAAAAUAUAUAGUCCCAGGGGCUCGAUGGCUAGACACGGACGGCAAUCUUGUCAACGCCCAUGCUGGUUGUAUUACCACUGAUCCAGACACUGGUCGCUUCUAUCUGUUUGGAGAAUACAAAGUUGAAGGCCAAGUGGAAGGUGGUGGUGUUUCUGUGUACAGCUCUGAUGAUCUGGCAACUUGGGAACAUCAUGGGCAGGCUCUACAGCCCAUCGAGGGACAUCCCUAUAUAUCUCCGCAGAAUGUGAUUCAACGUCCAAAGGUUGUAUGGAGUGAUGCAUCAAAACAGUACCACAUGUGGUGGCACGCUGACAACAGUACCUACGGCCUACUCCUCCAAGGUCUUGCUACAGCAGAUACCAUAUCUGGGCCCUACACCUUCCUCAGUGCAACAGCCCCGCUUGGGAAUUGGAGCCAGGACUUUGGCAUGUUUACCGAUUACAAGGAUGGCAGAUCGUAUGCGCUAUACUCGAACGGUGAUCGUAAGGAGGGUCGUGAUGUCUAUCUGACUAGUUACAACGAGGAGGUUUCGGCACUGGAUUCGGUCGUCCAUCGAUUCGACAAGUACGACCUCGAAGCUCCAACGAUCAUCCAGACCGACAAAAGCUACUAUGCCCUGAUGAGCCACAAGACUGGCUAUAGACCAAACAAUGUUGUUGUUUUCCGCGCGGACUCUCUUGCCGGUCCGUGGUCUCAACCAUCCUUUGUGUCGCCUUUGAACACAAGAACUUUCAACUCCCAAUCCGGAUUCGCCUUGCGUAUCAAUGGAAGUGCGCAAACUACUUUCUUGUAUAUUGGUGAUCAAUGGGAUUCAAAUUCACUGUGGGAAAGCAGAUAUAUAUGGCUGCCGAUGCACAUUGACGAUGAUAAGAAGACACUCGAAAUCGAGUGGCAUGAUAUUUACGACCUGGACGUCCACACGGGCAAGUGGAAGGCCAUCAGGGGUAGAUCUUACUAUGCUCACGAUGCAAAAGUCAACGGCAAUGCUUUCAAGCAGGAGGCAAGUUUUGCAAGCGGCAACACAAUUGUGACAGGCAUAUAUGGCAAUGACAGUACUGUCACCUUUGAGGGCAUUGAAGGCACUGGGAAGCCUCAGUGGGUAUCCUUUUAUUAUCAAAACACGGAUGACAUGGGUUUCGGUGAUCAACCGGGCGGUUCUCCGGACCGCAUUGGUGGAACCUGGCAGCUCCGGCGCAUCAGCAGCGUCGUCGUGAACGGUGACGAGGAUAAUGUCCAAACUCUGUUCCAACGCGAUACGCACAAAAGCAUCAUACUUUCAACCCCUUUACUACUAAACUUGAACAAGGGCAAGAACAACAACAUCACAGUCGGUGGACUGUACAAUGGAUUCGACUAUAAGGGUGCAGACCUGGACCGUAUUGUGGUCUACCCGCCCGAGGCAGCAUCGAACGGAACGAAGUGGUGA